AAGAGGAGUAGGGGAGGGUGGAGGACACCGGCUACAGCCCUGCCUCCAAUCCGCAUGUGAGCACACAGCAGAGUAGACACACGGCAGGGAGGCAGAGCAGCAUCACAGGGGCAACAAAGGGACGCAUGGUUCAUCCGAGGCAUCAAACAAAUAAAAGAUUAUCUGAGACACGUCCCGCCUAUAGAAACGCGUUUGAUUGCAUCUGUCCUCACCUCAAAGAGUGUAAUAGCAGUCAUGGAGCUGGAGCACUUUGAUGAACGGGACAAGGCACAGAGAUACACCCGAAGGGGCUCAAGGGGGAAUGGGCUCCCCAGUCCCACUCAUAGCGCUCACUGCAGCCUGUACAGAACCAGGACACUCCAAGCACUGAGCUCAGAAAAGAAGGCCAAGAAGAUUCGUUUCUACCGCAAUGGGGACCGUUACUUCAAAGGGAUUGUGUAUGCCAUUUCUCAGGAGAGAUUUAGGUCCAUUGAAGCACUCCUGGCUGACCUCACAAGAUCUCUGUCAGACAAUGUCAACUUGCCCCAAGGGGUGCGGACCAUAUAUACUAUUGAUGGGACGACAAGAAUUACUAGCAUGGACCAGCUGGUGGAAGGAGAGAGCUAUGUUUGUGCAUCCAUAGAACCCUACAAGAUGCUGGACUACACAAAGAAUGUAAAUCCCAACUGGUCAGUUGGUGCUCGGACUGCUGUGUCUGUCCGUGAUCCUUCUUCCCUUGGCAGUGCUAAGGCUGGAUCCCCAGAAACCAGGGAGAACAAGGACUUCAUUAGGCCCAAAUUGGUGACAAUUGUCCGCAGUGGAGUUAAGCCUCGCAAGGCCGUACGGGUCUUGCUCAACAAGAAGACCGCACACUCCUUUGAGCAAGUCAUGACUGACAUCACAGAUGCCAUUAAGCUGGACUCUGGAGUCGUCAAAAGACUAUAUACUGUUGACGGCAAACCGGUCACCUGCCUUCAGGACUUUUUUGGGGACGAUGAUAUAUUUUUUGCUUGUGGCCCUGAAAAGUUCCGAUAUCAAGAUGACUUCAACUUGGAUGAAAGUGAGUGCAGAGUGGCAAAGUCUGCAUCAUAUGGUCGGCUCCCUUCAGGGCACAGUCUUUCAUCCCCAAGGGGUGGCGGUAUGUCCCGCAGGAGCAAAUCUCCCUCAUCUACUGGUUCAGCUAAUGGCACUGCAGGCAGUCAGCUGUCCACACCUCGUUCUGGAAAGUCUCCAAGCCCCUCUCCAACCAGUCCAGCUAGCCUCCGAAGACGACAGGGAUCUCAGCACAGUGGGUCUUCACUCUCGUUAGCCUCUACCAAGGUAUGCAGCUCAAUGGAUGAAGGAGAUGGGCCUGGCAUUGAGGCUGAGCCAAUGGAUGACUGCUCCACAGUUCCUCCCUCUAUAGCAGAAAGGUACAAAGUAGGGAGGACUUUAGGGGAUGGAAACUUUGCUGUGGUUCGAGAGUGUGUGGAGAGAUCCACUGGAAGAGAGUAUGCUCUCAAGAUCAUCAGCAAAGACAAAUGCAGGGGAAAGGAGCACAUGAUACAGAGUGAAGUAUCCAUCCUUCGGCGUGUGAAGCAUCCCAACAUCGUACUUUUAAUUGAGGAAAUGGACACUCACAAUGAGCUUUAUCUUGUAAUGGAGUUGGUUAAGGGGGGUGAUCUCUUUGAUGCCAUUACCUCAUCCAACAAAUACACAGAGCGAGAUGCCAGCUGUAUGCUGUUCAAUCUGGCAAGUGCUAUCAAGUACCUGCACAGUCUCAAUAUUGUCCAUAGAGACAUAAAACCAGAAAAUCUGUUGGUGUAUGAGCACAACGAUGGCAGUAAAUCUCUGAAGCUAGGCGACUUUGGCUUGGCUACCGUCGUCAAUGGACCCCUCUACACCGUGUGUGGGACACCCACUUAUGUAGCACCAGAGAUUGUUGCUGAAACGGGAUAUGGUCUCAAGGUGGACAUUUGGGCUGCUGGGGUCAUCACUUACAUUCUGCUAUGUGGCUUCCCUCCCUUCCGUGGCAGUGGUGAAGACCAGGAGGCCCUCUUUGAACAGAUUUUAAAGGGACAGCUUCAUUUCCCUGCACCAUUCUGGGACAAUGUUUCUGAGAUGGCCAAGGCUCUGAUCACUGGAAUGCUGCAGGUAGAGGCGGAUCAAAGAUACACAGCUGUAAAGGUGCUUGAUCACCCCUGGGUCAAUGAUGAUGGUGUGUCAGAGAAUAAGCACCAGCUGCCUGUGGCUGGUAAAAUCAAGAAGCACUUCAACACCAAUCCUAAGCUCAACAGCACUACAGCAGGAGUGUCAGUGAUUACAACCACGCCACUUGAUAAGGAGAAGCAAGUUUUCCGACGAAGACGCCACCAGGAUGUAAGGCCCACUCCCCACUUCCCACACAGUAUUGGUGCCAGCGCCCCCCACAGUGCCAACCCCGCCCUCUCCCCCGCUGAGUCUGAAGACAUUUCCCCAAGUUCGGCUGGCACUGUCCGCUCACCCACUUCUCCAUUCUAAUGGCCUUCCUGAGGUCAAAGCACCGUCCACUCUUCUGAAAAAACCAUGGGAGAGGGGGAAAAACCCAUUACUGGGUUCAGUCUGCUGUCUUGGACAUUCACAGACUGCAUAAUUACCUGCACCUAUUUAAUUUCACCCUAGUCAUAGUACUUUUUUAUAAUUAUAAAUGCAGUGUUCACAGUAAGUGGCAAGUUAGUCCAUCAUAAGAGCAUGCAACAGUGUUUAAAGGGGCAUAUCAUGAAUUUUGAGGUCUAUAUUUUUAUUUUGAUGCUCUAUUGCUAUAUCUUUGCAUGAAUUACAGUUUUAAAUAUCCUUAUUCAUCCUACACUGGCCACUUAUGCAGUCCUUCAGUUUAACCUCUGUCUGAAACAGGCUGUUUUGUCGCUACUCUAUUCAUAGCCCUCCUCCUGAUGAGCUCACUCUGUCCUAAUUGGCCCAGAAGCUGCCCCUCCACACAGACUUUUGCCGGCUCCAGAGCUAUGAAAACACGAGUAGUCAGAUUUCUUUUUUUUGUCUUUUUGAAUGUCAACUUUGCGAAUACAUCUGGAUGUUUGAACCCAAAUCUGAACCAAAGUGUGGAUGUGAGUCGACAACGCAAAGAACCCACGGAACAAACUUAACAUCAAAGGGAAGAGAACAGUCUAUUUGUGGGCGUGGACAAACAAUAUGACAUCAGUUCAGCGGGAAAGUAGAGGUAACAUUGCAAAAGACUGGUUCAGAGCUUUGGAACUUUGACAAUAUAAAACAUGGACUUCUGACUUAACAGUAUAGAAAUGACAGAAACUAAAAAGCAUGAUAUGUCCCCUGUUAAUGUAUCUUCUUUUUUAUUUCAAAAAAAGCCACUGCACUGUUCAAGCCUUAUUCCUACUGGCAAGCACUGGUUUGUUGUAGUACUCUGGAGCCUUCUGCUGGUUUAUUUUGUAUACUGCAGGAAAGACAGCCUGCUUUGCUUUGUAAUGGACGUGUAAAUGCAAAACAUUGAAACCAUAGCUUCUAAAUAUUACAUGAUUUUGUGAUGUGUAAUAUUCAGUACAUAUCACUUAUCAUGUUGAUUUGAACUCAGAUGUUUAAUAACUCAGUCAAUACAAUAUUAACAGUAAGAUUCAACUUUCUGUUGUACUGUAUGACAUCUAGGUUACUUUGUGCUGUGGUACUUGAAGUUGUGGUGCAUAAACUUUACACAUUAUUUGACAGGACUUAAGAAACUCAAAAGAUGUGCUGCUAUAUUGUACCAUGAGCAUUAUCUGGCACAAACAGAACUUUUAUCGGGACAAAUACUGUCCUGCCAAGUAGUAGCUUGCUUCAUAAAGAGAAUAUAGGUACUAAUGUUCGACUGUUGAUGGUCUAGCUUACCUGUGUGCUUGACGAUGAUAACUGAAGUAGUAUUGUUAAAUGUCUGUGAGAGUGGUUGUAAUUCGAGUGUGGUACAGAUGAAUGUCAGUGCUGUGUAAUUGGUAGUACGUGCAUGUUUAAGGCCUUGCCUUGGCACAGAUGGUUUUAAGUGCAAUUAGGUAUACUGCCCAAUGAGCACAGUAUCAAAUAUGUCCUUGAUGCUCGCAUGAGUGAGGAUGUAUUGCUGUUAUUGGCAGCCGACUGACUUCUAUCAGACAGGGGCAAAUGGUGCAACAUGGAUACUUUUCACACACUGAAAUAAGAAACAAGUUAAAUGUUAGUCAACACAACAGUGCUUCCAGUAAAAAUCAUUUUUUAAAAUAUCUGCUCAUUUAGUCAGUACAUUUGUUGGACUUUUCUUUUUAAUGAUCGGGUCGAACAAUACAACUAAGAAGCCUGGCUUACUAGACUGUAUGUACUGUGUGUCCUCUUACCACUUUAUACAUAGUUUCAGCAGAGAACAAAUAUUCACAUUCGUAAAUGCCCCGCUUCCUUUCAUCAGAGACUGUAACUUGCAUGUGUGCAAAUAUGCACCCUGGAUCAGUUGUUCUGGUCUUUUAACGUUGGAUAUACACCUGUCGGAUAUGAAACCAUUCCUGUUGUCAUUGUAUGUGCUGUCUUGAUGAAUGGAUUUCAAUCAAGGCAGACUAUAGUCAUACCACAGCUGAGUUUAGAUUUGUAUAUAUAUGUUUUAACAGCAAUGUAACUUCACACCACUGAUUUUGUUGUAAAAGGGCUUUUAUGUGUUUGAUUAGAAGGAAGUGAACCAAAAAGCACAAGGAAAACAAGUUGUAGUAAGUUUUAAGGAAUGUGUUUGCUGUGAAGACUGUAUCUGUUUUCAUCAUCUGAGAAGCAUAUAAUGUUUACAUACAGUUUGACAAAAUGAAUUUCAGAUGGCAGAUGGGUGGGAAAUGCUGGCAGAUGGAGAAUGUGAAUGUUGUAUUAUAUUCACCCAUAUUCCAUUAAUGUUAAGGAUGUUAGAAAAUUUUUUUGAAUGACAACACAAACUGGAAAAAAAUAUCUAUUGUCACGGUAAAAAAAAAAAAGAAGAAACUUCCACCAUGUGCUCUGCAAAGAAACCAAACCUGGGAUUAAAAUGGAUUUAAUUUGU